AGCAUCCACAUCCACAUCCACCCCAACCCAUCCACGCAUCUUUUCCGUUCAGUGAGCAUCCGAUGAUGAUGAAAUUGAAUCUGCUCCGGCUCUAAAGGCAAUAAAAGUGGGCGACUGACCAGAGAGAUGCGUCACAAGUCGGUCGACAGUCGGAGCAGCCAUAAGUUAUGGAGCCAUGGAUCUGGAUAUCCUGAAUCAGCACACGUUUACCAUCCUCUGGAUCAUCUGCCUGCUGACAUUGAACCUUGAAAGCUGCCAGGCGAAACCAGGUUCAAGCAGCGGGGAGAGGGUCCACAUCCGUCUCCACAUGCCGGAGGUGGUGCGUCAGCACACGCAUUACCACAACGUCUACAAGUAUCACCCGAAAAUCCAUCCCGUUCCUGCGCCCGUUCAAGCACCUACAGCGAUCGCUUCGUCGCCUCCAAAAUACCUGGGUAAACCCCAUGUCCAGCUUUUGGGUUACACAACCUCCGUGGGAAGCUCGGGACCAAUGGCACCCAAUCUAAUGCAGCUAAUGGCCACUGCAGCCACGCCCAGCAUGAUGCCAUCGCCCACAAGUCUAAUGCCCAAUUAUGGACCCGCUUUAUUCGACAAUUACAAUCAGGAUGCUGCGACACCAUUGAGUGUGGCGACAACGACAACGACAAUGAGACCUCUCCAGGCCUUGAAAGCUGCCACCAAACAGCAACAGAUGUUGCAACAAUUGUUCUCUGCACCUCAGCAAGCCGAUGAUGAGGAUACCUCUUCAGUGGAGGAUAAUCAAGUGGAAAACAACUCAUUGCUUAACAACAGUUUCCUGGAGGCCCUGCAAAAGGAAUAUCUUUCGAAAUUCGGAGGACGUCGAAAGCGCAAGAAAUCCAGUUCAAAGCUAAAGAACACCUCGAUCAAGGACUACUCCAAUAACUACAGGAGUAAACCCUACUAUUAUCAAGAUGAGGAUCUCUCGGAGAACUUUGAGGAUUAUCAGGACGAGCCACAGGACCAUGAGGAUUACGAGGAAGUAAUGAUGAUGAGUACACCCAGUAAAUAUGGUGGUUACUAUCCCACAGGAUCGGAGGAAGCUGAGGAUCAAGCCCAGGGUUAUGAUACCGCUGUGGCUUUUAGUGGCCAGGACAAUAGCAUUUCAUCUUCGAUACCCACUACUAUGGAGGAUUUCCUAGAUAGUGUGAAUAAUCCCGGAUCCAGUUCCAACUACGAUCCUUAUGACAACUGGCAGCCCUAUUCAACCAGUCCCACCAUGAGUAACAGCUGGUCCAGACCCACCACGAACUCGUAUACGAAUUCUCACAAUAAUUCUUCAAAAAGCCCAAAAUCAAGGCCCAUUCGAUCCCGAGGUAGAAAGAAAAUACGAUAUGUAAAAUUAAUCACGAGAAAGAAGCGAAAAAAUCAUAUUCGAACCAAAAGAUAUCGUAUUUAAAUUAAAGUAAACUUUG